AUGUUCCCCUCCCUCUCCCUCCUCCUCCUCCCUCUCCUCUUAACCACCACCCUAGCACAAAACCUCACAGACAAUCAAAUAUCCCAAGUACGUUCAAACCUACAACAAUCCGCUCAGCAGUCAUGGGAACUAGGCACAGAAGCAGAAGCACUCACAGAACUCGACUACCCCUCAUUAUCCGUAUUCAGCCCUCUCUCCCUCCCUCCUCCCACAUUCUUCACCUCCUCUCCCCCCUCCGAGGUACUGUCCAUCGCCGCCAGCGUCGUCCACUCCCGCCCAGCAGGCCCAGGCCCGCUCAUACCCGCCGAUGGAGCAGUGGGUGACCCCGCCUCAAUAGGCGUCUCCGUUCUCCUCGCAAACUAUUCCCAUACCCCCGGGGGGAACUUCUCCGCCGCCGCUCAGGCGCAACUUGAUUACCUAUUGCUUGCUGCUCCCCGUUCCUCUUCCGGCGCUAUCUCACACCGAGCGGACCAAGUCCAGCUAUGGGCAGACUUCGUAUACAUGGCACCGCCCUUCAUAGCCUAUUACGGCGCAGUAACCCAAAACCAAACCCUCCUCGCUCUUGCCUAUGAGCAAAUCUCGCUCUACCGCCAAGCGCUACGCGACUCCUCCGGCCUCUGGCGGCAUAUUACCCUAGGCAGUGGGGUGGACGACGGACAUUGGGCGACUGGGAAUGGGUGGGCUGCGGCUGGGUGUUUGAGAGUCGCUAUGACGAUUUACUUUAGUGGGUUUGGGGGGGAGAUGGGGAAUGAGGUGAAUGAUCUUGUUGCUUGGGCAGGGGAGAUCGUGAAUGCUGUAUGGCCUUACCAGCAACCGAACGGCACUCUACUGAACUACGUCGACGACCCCUCCUCAUUCGCAGACAGCAGCUCCACAGCCCUCCUCGCCUCCGUCUCCUUCAGGCUCGCAACCCUGCCCUCCUCCCUCCGGUCAUUCCACACCAUCCCCUCCGCCCUGCGCGCUCAAACCCUAAUCAACAGCGCAGGGCUAAGCACAGACGGGUGGCUGCAGCCCGUCGUAGACCCAUACGACUACCCCUUAAGAGGGACGAAAUCCCCAGAAGGACAGGCGUUCGUUCUCCUCCUACAGGCGGCGUAUAGCGAGUGGAGCGCACAGGGGGAACAGGGUGAGAGUGCGGCCCGGGCGGUGGUUGGCUCGGGAGGGGUGGGGUGGGGGAAUGUGGUGGGUUUGUUAAUUGCCUUGUUGGUGGGGGUUUGCUAACCGGGUGGUUUGUUUCGUAUUUCUUACUUCCUGUUUCCUGUUUCUUACUGUUCUGGCUGGUUUUCGGUCUUGUCUGUGUGGACAAUUUUCGCUCCUUUUUGGGCUAUUCGUCGGAUGGUCGGACGGACGGGUCUACGUAUAUAUCCGAUUUUUACGAAACGACGAACAUUUCUUGCAUGUAUCUGGCUUGCUGCUUACCUGCUUACCUGGUUGGUGCUGCUCUUCCCAAACCAUCCC